AUCGCCGUGGAAAAGUGCUGGGCGUGCAGCAGCGCGGCCGCGAGCUCGACGGCGGCAAGCCCUUCCCCCUCCUCUUUUAUUUUUUUAUUCCGAGCCUGCCCGCGGCUUGAAACAGCAGCCAGUCUGGACUACGACCCGUGCGGCAACCUCGAUCAGCAGCGACUGCCGGCUUGGAAUAAGCGUGCUGUGUUGUGCGUUUGCGACGUCGAGCGAGCGGGUUCUCGGUUUAGGCCUACGGCCGCUCUCGCAUCGUCCGUUGCCCGGGAUUUGGUGUGUGUCCUCGCGCGGCGAGCUACUCCGUCGAGCAGCGGCGUGCGGACCCCGUCGCCACUGGGUGCCAGGCCGGAUUGCUCGAAUGGUUUCCUGGGGACCCGCGUCGUGUGGAGGCGCCGUCCGGCGGCCCGAUGCUCUCUGAGCUGCAGCUGCAGCCGCUGGGGCGCCGGUCGGCGGCGGCGGCUGCCCCAUCCUCGGACGAGGUGGCCUCCAUGAAACCCAUGCUGCUGCAGGCCGCCCAGGGGGCCGGGGGCCUGGCCGCCGGGUCCCCGCCGGCACUCUCACCGAACCUGCCCAGCGUGGUCAAGGUGGAGCCCCGGCUGCCGAGCCCCUGCGUCGGCGGCGCGGCCAGCGACGGGGGCCCGGCGCCUUCGAAGCGUGUGCGCCAGGAUGACGCCGGUGCGUGGAUCUCGUCGCCGUCGUCGCAGAUGUCGGUGGGCUCGCUGUCCCCGCCGCCACCGUUACUCAACGGACUGGCCAACAGCAGCGGACUGUCACCCGUGUCGUGCUCCAGCUACGAGACGUACAGCCCCCGGGGACCCUGCAAAGAAGAGAUGAGCCCUAGCAGCGGGGGCGGUGGCAUGAAUGGCUACUUUGUGGACAGCUUUGGGGACCCAAAGAAGAAGAAGGGUCCCGCACCAAGGCAGCAGGAGGAACUCUGCUUGGUCUGUGGUGACAGGGCGUCAGGCUACCAUUACAAUGCGCUCACAUGCGAGGGCUGCAAGGGCUUCUUCAGGCGUAGCAUCACAAAGAAUGCGGUCUACCAGUGCAAGUACGGCAAUAACUGUGACAUCGACAUGUACAUGCGGCGCAAGUGCCAGGAGUGCCGUCUCAAGAAGUGCCUCAGUGUUGGAAUGCGACCAGAAUGUGUGGUGCCGGAAUACCAGUGUGCCAUCAAGCGAGAGUCCAAGAAGCACCAGAAGGACCGGCCCAACAGCACAACACGAGAGAGCCCCUCUGGGCUAAUGGCACCAUCGUCCGUGGGCGGUGGUGUGAGCCCCAGCAGCCAGCCGUUGGGUGGUGGAGGCAGCUCCCUGGGCAGCAAUAGCAACCAUGAGGAAGACAAGAAACCUCUGGUGCUGAGCCCAGGUGUCAAGCCUCUUACUUCAUCUCAGGAGGACCUCAUCAACAAGCUAGUCUACUACCAGCAGGAGUUUGAGUCGCCUUCUGAAGAGGACAUGAAGAAGACCACGCCCUUCCCACUGGGAGACAGCGAGGAAGAUAACCAGCGGCGAUUCCAACACAUCACCGAGAUCACCAUCCUCACAGUGCAGCUCAUCGUGGAGUUCUCCAAGCGAGUCCCUGGCUUUGACACAUUGGCACGAGAAGAUCAGAUUACUUUGCUGAAGGCUUGCUCCAGCGAGGUGAUGAUGCUGAGAGGUGCUCGGAAGUAUGAUGUGAAGACGGAUUCUAUCGUGUUUGCCAACAACCAGCCGUACACAAGGGACAACUACCGCAGUGCCAGUGUGGGUGAUUCAGCGGAUGCCUUGUUUCGUUUCUGCCGCAAGAUGUGUCAGCUGCGAGUGGACAAUGCUGAAUAUGCACUCCUCACGGCCAUUGUUAUUUUCUCUGAGCGGCCAGCACUGGUGGACCCGUGCAAGGUGGAGCGCAUUCAGGAGUACUACAUUGAGACGCUGCGCAUGUACUCGGAGAACCACCGGCCCCCGGGCAAGAACUACUUUGCCCGGCUGCUUUCCAUCUUGACAGAGCUGCGCACCUUGGGCAACAUGAACGCCGAGAUGUGCUUCUCGCUCAAGGUGCAGAACAAGAAGCUGCCACCGUUCCUGGCUGAGAUUUGGGACAUCCAAGAGUAGUAGUGGGGGAGUGUGUUGGGCUCUGCUGUGGACUGCCUGCAAGUGGCCCAUCUUCUGGCACUGCCACAAUGUAUAGGCGUCGUACGUCUCAUUGCCAACGCUAUUGGGAAAAGGCUUUGGCCAACAUCUUGCUUUCCACGCUGUCAGCCAUGCACCUUUUGUGUGUCAGGUGUGAGCCACCAGCCCUUGCAGGCCACCUUUAGUCAUGUUUUGAAAGAACUAGAGGUGUGCUAAUACUCGAAUAACACCGAAUCGAAUUGAAUAGUGAAUGUUUGAAUAAUUCAAUUCGUGAACGAAGUAUCUACUAUUCGAUAUAUUCGGUGUAGAGAUGCCGCACAGUGUCACAUGUCACGAGCGUCGCAGAGCCCUUCAUGCUCGAUGCACAAGUGAGUGUGUCACUUCGUUUUCGGCACAAAAGGAGUGCUGAGUGCGCCACGGACGUGUCGUCCCGGUUGACGAGGUAGCGGACUUUGUCACUAUGAGAGCUCCAUACAUCCCAUGCCCAAAUGCCAUAAUUCGCAGAACGGUGCCACAUUUCGUAAAAUGCGAAAGCAUGUGCGAAGAUUGGGCCGAUCAGCUGCCAAAUAGGCACGUAGAUUGCGUUGGAUACAAACCGUGAUAUACUAGACCUGAGCUGUAAUCAGUUCUGGCAUAUUAAUUUGGUGUUCCCUUUAAAAGAGCACAAUCGUAGUGUAUAUGUUGAUUUCUAUGUACCUAAAUUACUGAUAGCUUGCUACAUUCUUGUUAUGCAAUGCUAGAAGACUCCUAAGCAUGUGCAGCACUGUUUUUUUGCCCAAAAUUUGUAGCAUUAAAUUUUCGGAAAAAUUUCUCAUAUUUGAUAUUCUAUUCAAUAUUCAGAUUUUUUUUCUAUGAUUCUAUUUGAAAUCUACUAUUUGGUAUUCGCACACCACUAGAAUGAACGCAUUGAGGGAAGAAACUCUGUGAGGAAAAGCCCCUCUUCAUUUUAUCACCAAUUGUGUGUGUGUGUGUCUGUGUAUGUGCGCACACUUAUUAGAAAGCUACCUCACACUGUUACAAAAACAAAACAAAAGAAAAAAAAGACAUUUGGUUGUUAUGUUUUCUGUUAAUGCUAAGCUCUUUUCUGCUGAUGCAGAGUGAUCUCUUUGCUUUUCAUGCAACAAAGCAUUAACUGUAGCACACUGAUGAUUAAUAUUUUGCAAGUUCUUAAGGAGAAUAGUUGCCUUUUAUUCCACUUUGCUCAUUUUAUUUUGUCACUGGUGACUAUGUCGUUAUUGAGGCCAUGAGUGAAUACUUACAGACAGUAAUUUUAAGACAGUAAUUGAGUUGUCAUAAAUGAUGCCCGACAGUGACAUAGUUGAUCUUUUAUUUCGUUUUAUAUUUUACACCCCUUUGAUUGCUCCUGCUAGAGCUAAGUGUACUGAGGUUCUAGUGCUAAUUAAGGAACAUCUAAUGUUCAGAUUAUACUAUCCCCCACCACGGUUUUCACUGCUGAAUGUGAACAGCUUCAUAAAAGCCGUGCUGGCAAAUCACUUAUGUAAAAAUGCACAAGAGGGAUAGCAUGGCUGACAGUGUGGACAGCAUGAUGUCUGGUCUGUGUGCUUGACUGACUACAGGGGGUAUAUUGGGGCGGCUGAGGCUUCUGCCCAGACUUGGCGUACUACAAAGGCAUCGUGCAAAUUGCAGAGCCUGAUUGUAGUUGUAAGCUGGGAAUGCGAUCCUGUGGUCUGACCAGCAGCUCUUUCCUUUUAUUAUCUUUUUUUUUUUUUUAAUCCUCCAGGCUUCGCUGUUUAGUGUACGUUUUUGUUGCAGUGACUAACAGCUCCAGAAGGGCAUUCUUGAGUGUUGCGGGGAGGAGCGCUGACGAAGGAAACGGCAAACGAUAAUGAUUGAGGCUUGCAGCGGUCCCUCUCGCGCCAUUUCUGGCAGGUUUAGCCACAUGUGAUGAAAGCAAUUGUUUGAAAGCUGGAGUACAUGUAAUGGUCCACGGCGUGGCGAAAAGGGGACUGUUGCAGAGGGCAUGCAUGAUGUGCACUGCCACCCCCCUUUGUGCUUGCCUCUCUGGCUGCAUGGUUGCGUUUGAUAGCGUGUAGUACCACCACUACCUACUGUUGAACCCACAGUCAAGUGCCUUAACAUAGUUUGAGAAAGGUUUGUCCUGCUCCUCUUGGGUUAGUGUGUAAAUCUGUAACCUGCGCAGCCAGUGACUGUGCGAGAGGGCUGCUGCCAGUGUCAUGCCGUCUGUCGGCAAAGCGUGGUUUGCUGCUUUCCUUCCUCGCCCCUUUCCGCCUCUGGGCAGACGAUAGUGGCAGCGCCACGAUGGCCAGGGCAGCUGUGGUCGCUUGCAGUGGCAGGGAUGCCUCCCUCUCUCUGCAGUUGCAUGCGAGAGGUGGCUGUGAGUGAGAUAAACGCACAAACUUUGACAAUUGUACAAAUAUCUUCCCCUUCCAUAUGGCAAGGGCAUUGUUCUUUUUUUUUAUUGCCUGGUUUGCUUUUUUUUAAGGGUGUUUUUUGUUUCUCUGUGUUACGACGUUGGGUGCAUGUACAUAGCGACGUGUAACGCUAGGCACGAUCGACAGAAAUGGGGGAUGAUGGCAUCUUGUAGUGCUCGCUUGGUACCGGUGAUGUGAAAGGGGGUGUGGAGCACCCCAAGAACAGAAGGAAAAGAUGCCAGCAGCGAGGGAAGGACUGAGCAGCCCACCACCAGACCGCCUCACUUUUUUUUUAUUUUCUUCUUUUUGAAUUCAGAGCGGUUUACGAUCUCAGUGUUUCACAAAACCACCUGGCAGGUAGCAGCAAAGCAAAGAAAAAUGGACAUAAAAAAAAGAGGACUGCAAAUGCAUUAACCAUGACUGCUUCAACUUGGGACGUUGCCGGCAACGAAACCAGUGGACCUACAGCAAAACAUCGAGCGUCAACCAUGUGUGUACAUCUGUGCUUGUCUGUGCUUGUAGUGUGUGGUUGUUGGACGUGCACAGACUAUUAUGUGGAAUACCCAGAAGGACUUGUGGCAGUGGGUUGUCCUGGCCCCGCGCCUUCACUUCCGAAUCUCAGUGGACGUAAGAGAAGCCAAUAUAUCAAGCAAGAGAAAACACCUGGGAGCAUAGAAAAAAAAAUACUGGCGAAGAAUCAGUGGCACGAGUGAGACACACAACAUAUUUGCAGGCGGUGCUGCUUGAUUCCUUCUUUUUUUUUUUUUCAAUUAUUGUUUGAGUGCCUUUUGUUGUUUCUUGCUGUCAUGAUCAGAUGAGACUAACCAGGUGCAGUGUGAAGGCAUGUUUAUUUCGGACAUGUUUAAUAGUGCUUGAUUACUUGAACUUUCUUUUACUUUCCUUUUCCUUCUGUUGUUCAUCUUUCCAACUAGGCGUGGAGCAAAUUGCAUUUCUCUCAUUGUGUGUCGCUGCCUAGGCACUUGUGUGUUCGGACAAGUGCCACUUCUGCCAAGGCAUGAGAUGUGGGGCAACAGAACAGCCCGCUCUCUGCAUUGGCCACGCAUGGGCGACCCUGGGGUCACGUGCACAUUAUGCACACUACGCACACUGCUUGCUGUCCAGCUGGGCAACGCAUGGCUAUUUCUGUCACGUGGUUGGGGAAGCAAGGGGAGCAGCAAAUCCGAAAUCAUCCCAUUGGAUCACGCCAGCAAGCACACACCUUGGCUCGACACUUGCCUGCUAUGCUUUAGCAGGGGCGAGCUGCUACAUUUUUUCCUGUCUGCUACAGACCCGUGUACCUGACUGUCGUACGAGCAUCACGAUCUCUGCACUGAUCAUUGGAGCCGUUCUGCACUUUCUUUGUUGCUUCCCCAUGCUUCCCCAUUACAAGGCCGUUGGGAUGUGUGCGUGGGUGUGUCAGCACGGUGGCCGUGCAGUUCGGGGUUUGGGCGUCAUGUGUUGCCGUCUAGCAGGGUCCCGUUCUUUAUGGGAUAUUUAUUGCCGUCAAGUGGUACAGCGCUGAAUGCUUUUGUUGCGGGCACACAGGGGUAGAUACCAGAGUUGUGUUUUUAGGGCUCCCCUGGAUAAUGUGUGGAAGCGCCUUUCUAGAAACAAAAAAAAAAAAGGGAACUUGGUAUCCAUAAGUAUAUUGAUGUACCAUAGAUGAUAUAUGUUGCUAACCAUGGAUGCCUCAUUUCAUUAGUGAGCCAAGAAUAUAUCUGCCAUGGAGCAUUGCUGGUUUCCAAGCACAUAUUUCCUUCCUCGCUGCAAGGUACCGCGCCUUGCUUCUUCCUUGUUCCUUGAGCAUGCAAACCUUAGCUUUAUCAAUUAUUUUUCUGGCAUCAUAGCGCUCUGUUGUACGAAUGAGUUGGACAGUGUGUUCAGGGCUAAGAAAGAUGUAAAUACGGCCUGCCAUUUUAUGUCCCCUGUAGCUCUCGGAAUGUAGAACACACAAUGAGUGACUGGUGGAUGCGGCAAAUUUAGUGUGUGGACAGGCUGUUUUCCGUGACCUCACUGUAACCAAUGUUACCUUGCAGAACUCAUCUCGUCAAAGGCUAGCAGUGCCAACUUAAGUUGUUUUGCUUAUGGAGCGUCAUUCUAGCAGCAUGAAAGAUAUCUGGAGAGAGCAAGACAAAAAGGCCGACUUUGUGGAUGCAUGACCAGGCGACGUUGCUAGGUUAGACUGUGGAACACUCUGUGGGUAAAGGGGCAGUGAAAUUCUGUGCCUUGACCAAAUAUAGACGGCCUUUAUUUUUCUGCUGAGACCUAUGGUGCUAAGGCUGAGAUGGAAAUGUUGCAACCGUGGAAUACGAACGGGUAUCCUCAAGCUCAAGUAAAAAAAAAAAAAUAAAGAAUAGAAGGUAUUAUUCCUCGGUUGCCUGCUUUUUCCAAAGCAGGUAUCCUCUCGCUACCAACCACGCUUGGGUUUCCGUCCAGUAAUAGUAGCUCUUCUCCUCUCUUGUCUGCCAUACAAAGCUGCCAGUAUCUUUGCCACUGCCACAUAAUUAAAACAUAACCAUUCCCAUUUCUGAUCCCAUUUGUCCUGUGCAUCUUGAUGGCAUUGCACCAGUUGCUGACUCUCAGCCAGGUGAAAGCUCUGAAAGGUGGCAAGCCAGUGGCAGUGACGAGCUAAAUAUUUCCACCCUAGCAGCUCUCUGAAUGUGGCAGUGACUCAAGGCACACUCUGCAGCGCUUGGGCUGUUGGCAGCUGUUAAACACGACUUAUUUUUCUUGCACUAUCACUGAAACGAAAUGCAUCCAAAAAUGAAAUCUUUGCAUGCAGCUCAUUAUAUAGUGAUAGAAGAAUGCUGCGCAAAAAACACAACACUACCACUAUCGCAAACGCAGUCAAAUGCCAAAGGCAAGCUUCAGCACAGGCAACUGUAUCACAUUGGUUACACAUGGAAAUUAUGACAUGUGGCCAAAAGUUGAGUAACAGUGACUAGGAAACACGCUACAAUGACAGACGAAUGGCAGUGUUCAACAUGUAGUCUUACGAGCUGGUAUUAUUCAUUACACUAGUGCAAAGGCAUAUGCGAGCACUCAGCCCAUAAUUGGUUAUUUCCUUAUUCAUGUUAGCAGCCAAUUGAAAGCUGACCUGCUGCAAAGGCUCAGUGGCUAUGGAGUUCUGCUUCUGAGCUAGAAGUCUUGGGUCCAAUUUCUGGUUGCAGCACCCACACUCUGAUGCGGUCAGAAUGCAAAAAAUUCUUGUGCACUCGACCCUGGUGCACGUUUAAGAACUCCAGGCAGUCAAAAUUAAUUCACAGCCUUCCAGUAUGGCACCAUCUCAUAGCCUAGAUAUUGCUUUGGAACAUCAAACUACAGCAAUCAAUCAUUUGGAGGCCAUGCUGCAAAGACUUGAUUGUGGCAUUUGACUUGCACUUGGCAUCAAAGGCAAAGAGUUCUACAUCUGAUGCUUAGGCCAAGUAAAUAUCAGCAGAAACAUUUGGAGCACAAACUAAGUGACAACUGCAAGUGCCUGGAUGAAAAAUAGAGUGGUUGUCUAUUUCAAACAACUAUGACAAACCACGAGAUUCGCUGAUAUUUUUGCCGAGACAUAUUUUCAAGAUUACAGAGGCCCAGUGUGUCAGAACUGCUCACGAGAGUUGCAGUUUAAGAUAGAGCUUGCAUGCAUGCUUGCUUCCUUCUGCUUCCGGCUAGACAAUCGAGCUCCCGUGCAGUAAAGGAUGCUUGGGAACCAGCAGCGCCCCUGGCAGGGCACCCCGUAUUUCCCUGUUCCCCCCUUCGUCCCUGGUGUGCAAGUGACUCGUGGCUUUUGUAGCUUUUGUCAGCUGGGGCAGCGGCCACACUGCCUCACAUUCCCCGUGUCAUGGGGAGGUUGAUUCUUGGGACAAGCUGGGCUCUUGUGAUGUGUUUCCCGCAUGGAGGGAGGUCACUCCCCCCCUCCAUGCACCUUCAUCCUUGGGAUGCUGUCGACGUGCUGUUAGGACUCCCAUGUCCCUAUAGUUGUCUUGUGUCCUUGAGUGUUGCGGAGCUGUCUUUUGGUUCAUGUUGGCCUCUUGAGUGAUGCUGUGAUUUCCUUGUUUGUUGUUUGUUUUACCUUUUCCUCCCCGGAUUGCACGUGUUUCUCCUGACUGUCCUCUCGUAUGUAGUUUUCCCGGUUGUGUUUACUGGGACGUACUGCCUGUUCCUCGUCUGUCAGCUUCUAUGCGCCCUCUGGCACCUAUCGAGUAGCGUGCGUCUGUUGACCCCUAAUUUAUUUCGCGCGGCUUACUCUUUUUUCUCUCUCUCUCUCUCUUGCCUCGAGACUGCCUUCCACCACCUCCCCUGCAUAUGCGAGUGUGUGAUUUCACCCCCCCCCCCCGCCCCCCUUUCUCGGCAAAAGCCUCCCCGAAGAAUUGCCGUCUGGGGCAUAAAAAGGAGCUUUCAGCAGGUGAAGGCAUGCAGUGAGAAUGCUGUCUAUGGGAACUGAAUCUAGCUAUCGGCUGGAUGCAACUGAUCGCCAUGUCUAUUCUUGGAGAAAUUAUUUUGUGAGGCCGCCAACCUUGGUAGCAGGAGGGGUCAAAAAAUGUGGAAGCAACUGUCAGUUAUUUUUCAUAGACAUGCUGGAGUGAACACACAGACGCUAUAAUCGGGGCGUAACUAACAAUGCUUGUAUAUAGUCAACACUGUUUAUACUUAUGGAGGAGAGAGAGGGCUGAAUAAGUUAUGUUUGUUAUGGACUUUGUGCAAAUUUUUUUGUUUCUGGAGCUCCUUUCUUGCUGCGGAGCCAACGCGCACAAGGGGACACAAGUGGGUUGUUGUGCGCUCAGGUCUGCUACUGUUUUUUGUUGUACAGAUUGUAUCUUUUUUGCAAUGUUCUAUAUUUUUAAAAAUUAAAAAUCCUUGGCUCGAUUUAUCAUUACCAAAA